AUGGAAAAGACAACUUUGGCACCUUUCGAUGUGACGGACUCGGCAUCUAUUCGUUCGUAUCUGCUGCACUAUGCCGGAUCAGAAGUGCAGGAUAUUUUCUACAAUAUCGAGGGCCAUGAUGCAGAUCCUCCGCCAGGAUCGGAUGUUUUCACAGAAGCUAUUCGUUUGCUUGAUGCUCACUUCGCUCCACUCAACAACAUUCCGUACGAAAGGUGCGUGUUCCGGAAGAUGACACAACAGGAGAAUGAAUCGGUUGAGAAAUUCAUUCACCGGCUUCGGGAUCAAGGCCGUCUCUGCGAUUAUGGUGCCGCUUUAGAGAUGAGGAUCACGGAACAAGUAUUUGACAACUGUGUGUCCGACGCACUAAGAGAGGCGAUUUUGAAGAAGAAAUUAAUGACGGUUCAAGAUAUUGCGGAAGAAGGUCGAGUGCUGGAGACGGUGAAACGAAAUCGCGAUCAGAUGAAGAAAUCAGUGGAGGAAGCGCAGUUGAGCCUGGUGAAGAAGCAGGGCCGUGAAGAAGUUUGCUUUCGCUGUGGAAACGUAGGGCAUUUCGCAAACGACAAGAGAUGUCCGGCCAGGUCAAAAGUAUGCGACAAAUGCCAAAUCAUGGGUCACUUCAAGAAGAUGUGUAAGACCAAGAUGAAGACGAAGCCAGGUAAAACGUCGACACGGAAGCAGAAGAUCCAGCAAGUACGGGAAACUCAUGACAGCGUUUCGGAUUCAUCCAGCGAAGGAACGGAGUCGGACGACGAUGUGCAGCAGGUGUAUGCGAACGGUUCGGGCCUGGAUAAAACUACUUGCUUCGUCGGAGGCGUCAAAACGGAUUGGAUUAUUGACUCCGGAGGCCACGUAAAUGUGAUAACGCGAGGAAUGUGGAAGUGGCUGAAGAAACAGGGAUGUGUAGUGAGCAAGGAAUGUAAAUCAGAAAAAGUGCUUCGAGUGUAUGGCGAUGGGAAGUUGAAAGUGCACAAAGUUAUAAAAACGGACAUCGCAACGCAAGAUAAAACGGUGCACCACGAGAUUUGUGUUGUUGACAGCGAAAAAGGGGCUAAUCUAUUAAGCAGAGCAACCUCUAUCGAACUCGGACUACUUGAAAUUCGCGGACAAGUGUUCAGUGUUGACAAUGGUGAACCAACGAUAGGAAAAUUGAAAAAUGUGCAAGUUCAGAUCAAACUGGAUCAAAGUGUAUCGCCAGUUCAGCAGUCGUGUAGGCGUCUGCCGAUUCCGUUGAAAUCUUUAGUGGACGAAAAACUUGCGGACCUACUCGAACCAGACAUUAUCGAGCCGGCGCCGUUGAACAUCAGUUGGGCUUCUCCUCUUGUAGUAACUCCGAAGGACGGCGGGCGUUCUGUUCGGCUUUGCAUAGAUAUGCGUAAAGCGAACAAGGCAAUAAUUCCAGAAAAGCACCCUUUGCCCACAUUCGAAGAAAUAAUGCCUCAUCUGGAAGGGUGCAAGGUCUUCAGCAAAAUUGAUUUGGUAAAGGCAUUCCACCAAAUUGAGCUGGCACCUGAAUCACGUGAUAUCACUACCUUCGUGACUCAGGACGCGUACUACCGCUACAAGAGGCUUAUGUUUGGGAUGAAAGUCGCACCGGAGAUAUUUCAACGGUGCAUCGAAAGAGUGCUGAAAGGGCUGAAAGGAGUAAAAGUGUUCAUUGAUGAUGUGCUGGUAUAUGGAGCGACUAAGGAGGAGCACGACUUACGUUUGAAAGCAGUACUGGAUCGUCUUAAGGAGAAUGGACUCACGAUCAACGAGGCGAAGUGCGAGUUUGGCCAACCGAUGGUUAAAUUCAUGGGACAUCAACUGUCGGAAGACGGAAUUCUUCCUACGAACGAAAAGGUGAAGCAGGCCAUGGCGGACCCUAAUCACUUGGCUUUCUACAAUCCCCGGUACAAAACUACUCUGGUUACCGACGCAAGUGAUAAUGGGAUCGGUGCUGUUUUGCUACAAACCAGCAACUCCAAAACGAGACCAGUUAGUUACGCUAGCAAGAGUCUCUCUAAAACGGAACAAAAAUAUUCGACCCUGGACAAAGAAGCGCUUGCCAUUGUUUGGGCAACCGAACGAUUUGAAAUGUAUCUAAGAGGCUUGGAUUUUUCGAUUUUCAUCGACCACAAACCGUUGAUUCACACCUUCAGUGAGUCCUCCUGUCCAAACAAGCGGCAAGAGAGAUGGGUGCUCCGAAUGCAAUCGUAUCGAUACUCCAUAAAACACGUCCCUGGGGAAGUGAACAUUGCGGACCCGCUGUCUCUGCGAAACGGUUGA